AAGUUGAAGGGCUUGGAGGAGGCCCGGGAACAAAUGGCCGCAGCUGGACCAACCAUGCUGCUACGAGAGGAGAAUGGCUGUUGCAGCCGGCGUCAAAGCAGUUCCAGCGCAGGGGUUAGCUCGGGUUCUGGGAUUGAGGGGCCGUCGGGGAGCAAGAUGGGGGGACGGAGGGGGAACUGCAGCUCCCGGCAGCCUCUGGGCUUCGUGUGAGCGCCCCGCGGGCUGUCGGGAGCUGUGGUUCCGCGGGCGGGCAGCAGCCGAGGCGGCGCGGUCUGAGCGCCUGUCCCGCCCCGCUCAGGACUCAGAUGGGGAGCGCGAGGACUCACCGGCUACGCGCGCUAGGCAGCAGCUGGAGGCGCUGCUCAACAAGACUAUGCGCAUUCGCAUGACAGAUGGACGGACACUGGUCGGUUGCUUCCUCUGCACCGACCGCGACUGCAAUGUUAUCCUGGGCUCGGCGCAGGAGUUCCUCAAGCCGUCGGAUUCCUUCUCUGCCGGGGAACCCCGUGUGCUGGGCCUGGCCAUGGUACCUGGACACCACAUCGUUUCUAUUGAGGUGCAGAGAGAGAGCCUGGCGGGGCCUCCCUAUCUCUGAACACGAUCGCGCAUGCCUUUCAGACUUCAUUAAAUCUGUAACCGAC